AUGAACAAUAGUGAAUAUAUAGUGAAAUUUGUCACAAGUUUGCCAUAAGAAUAUUAAAUUAGCAAUAAUGAAAUAGCUGUUCAAGGAGAUAUGAAUUAAAGUGAUCUUAGUUCUCUAAUUUAAUAAUUAUUGUCAGCUGAGAACACAGAUUAAGAAUAUAAUUAAUUAUUUGAUUUCUUUAUUAAUGGAAUCAGUUUAAGAUCUACUCUACAUGAAUUCAUUACAUCAAAUGAAAUUGCAACUGAAAAAACAUUAUAAAUAGAAUAUUUAUUUGCUGUACCAGAACCUAAACUUAAGCAAACUAUAAAUAUGAAUGAUUGGAUCAUAGCAAUAGGUAAAUUAAAUAAUCAAAUAUUAACAUGUUUAUCUAAUGGAGAUAUAGUUGUUUGUUCUGAAAAAGGUAAAAUUUUGAAAACAUACAAAACUAAAAUGGCAAAGAGUUUUACUAUUUUUGAUAAUCUUAUAAUUUCAACUCAUUGGGAUUGUACUGUUAGAAUUUAAAGACUUACAGAUAAUUUGGAAUUGAUAGCAUAAGGUUCUUUACCAUCAUAUGGAGAAUGUAGUUGUAUCAAUAAAAAGAACACUAAUGAAUUUUGUGUUGGUACUUCUAAUGGAGAACUUAUUUUCUUUGAUCUUAAUACAGUAAAAUAAUAGGUAAUUGAAAUGAUAUAGAACUUUAAAGUUCAUUAAUAAUAAAUAACAUGUUGUUAAUGGAUUAGAAAUAGCACUAUAUUGACUGGAUCAUAUGAUCAUUCCAUUUGUAUUUUCAAUAAGAGAACAGAAACUAUUAAUAAAUAAUUAUUUGCUAAAGAUUCAGCUAUCAUUGGAUUAUGUUAUUUAGAAAAUAAUUAAUAAAUUGUAUCUAUUCAUGAGGAUGGUUAUUUAAAAUUGUGGGAUAGUUUGAGUGAAUAAUUAAUAAAAAUAUAUAAGAGCUCAUUGUCUUAGUUGACUUGUAUUGCUGUUAAUGCUAAUGGAUAAAUUAUAGUGGUAUUAUAUUUUAUUAAUCCAAUUUAGAGUUCUAUGGAUGGAAAUACAUACUUAUGGGAUUUAAGAGGAGAAGUACCAUUGUAUUAAUUGAAUGGAGAAGGUAAAGCAUUAGCUUGUACAUGGAUAGAUAAUAAAAUACUAUUUGGAGGAUCGACUAAUAAAUUAUAUGUGUAUAAUUGUUGA